AUGGACUUCACAACCAUCCUGAACAGGAAAAAUUCCGCAGCUGCUGCCGCCGCCGCCGCCGAAGCGCAGCUACAACACCAGUACUUUCAACAGAGCGCACAGUUACACGGAGCUUCGCCCACCAUGAAGAGCGAAUCAGGUGGCUCGGACAACCCUGUCAACGCAUACCCUCCUCAUGGUCCCCCGCCUAUGCAAAUGGAUGGCGGGCUUGCCGAUUCCUUUUAUUAUGCACAACCCACCGGUUCCACCCCUCGAAAUAUGGCAUAUGCCCCUGCGGGAUACGCUGGUGAUCCUCAGAUGCAGCAAGAGUCUGCCCCAAAGGGAAGGGCAGGAAUUGAACCACCACCAAAGACUUUCCAUUGCUCAACCUGCAACAAAGGCUUCGCGCGGCGCAGCGACCUUGCUCGGCAUGAGCGUAUUCAUACCGGAGUCCGACCUCACGCUUGCGAGUGGCCAGGGUGUGGAAAGCAGUUCAUUCAACGCUCGGCUUUGACAGUACACUCCCGUGUACACACUGGAGAGAAGCCUCAUAUGUGUGAAAGAUGUGGCAAACCCUUUAGCGACUCAUCUUCACUGGCCAGACACCGCCGCAUUCACUCCGGAAAGCGACCCUACAAAUGUCCGUACGCCAACUGUCAGAAGACCUUCACGCGCCGUACGACGUUGACACGGCACCAAAAUCAUCACACUGGGACUAUCGAAGAAGCCGCGGCCGAAACAGAGGCCCAGUUGCGGCAAAAUAAGGAUCGUGGACGUCCUGGUGAAGGAAUGUUUUCCGAGCACGCUUCCGUCCAUUCUACACCUUCACCCGCGCAACACCCAUCUAUGUCGCCUGGCGGUGAGCUCCCGCCGCUGAACAUGCACCGCUCUACUGGCGACUACUACAUGGGCAGCGGUCCGAUCCCGCCUCAUGUGCGUGGGGAUUUCCCCCAAGGCAGCCCCCGGGCCUCCCCGACUACGACCUCUCCUUCGCUGUCUAGCUAUAGCAGUGCGCCGCACGGUCGACCCAUGACCUCGCAUCCCUACGCUCCACCCCAACCUCUUGAGCCUCCGGCCAACAGUGAUCACCGUCCCAACAGCGUGAACGGUAGUCCACACAUGACCAGCCUUGGAUGGGCUUCGCCGUCUCACGGUAGCAUGCCAUCGCCCGGAUCUGCCAACGACUUCAGUUAUCCUGAGCCUACUGGCCCUGCGUACCCAUCGAUGCCACCGCAGAUGUACUUCCCCAACUCUACCAUUCGUCGGCCUACCAGCACCGAGCCGGAGAAUUACGAAAUGAAGCCCCGAGGUGACCAUUCAUGGUCCACUUCUGUAUGA